AUGUCUACCCUCCAAUCGUCCGCACAUCUGAUGCGUCUCAAGCCGUGGCCUUUGGAUUGUCCAACACUCUCUCUCGGAACCGAGGAGCAUGCACGGCCUACCAAGCUUCAAGAGCUCGGUAUACGCGCCCUUCUCGACCGCCCGAAGCUCGAGCACAUCCAGAAGCUUCAAACGCAUGCCCACGCCCUCCGACACGAGGCAGACAAGAAACGCAUCGCCGCGCUCGAAGAGCGUUAUCAAAACUCCACUACCAGCCUGCUCGCCGCGAAGACCAAGCUCGCCGGCGAGACGGCCGAUCUCCGCGCGCGGCUGGCCGACACGGAGACUGUGCUCAAUCACACGCAGGAGGAGUGCGUCGUACUUCAGGUGCAUAUCGAAGAACGUAUAAUUCGGGAAGACGCUCUGCAUGCUCAGCUGGCCGACACCGAGGUUGUGCUCAAGCACACGCAAAAGGAGUGCGUCGUUCUUCAGGCGCAUAUCGAAGAGCGCACGAUUCGGGAGGACGCUCUGCAACCUCAAUUGGCCGGCUGCAAGGCUGACAGGGACGCUCUGGCUGGUACGAAUGCCGAUCUGUCUGGCAGGGCUUCUAACGCAGAGUAUUCGCUGGAACUCGCCCGACAAAAACUCGCUGACUUGGAAGCUCUCGUUGUCGACCUGAAGACUUCAAGAGAUAACUUGGCUUCGCGGCUGAAUCUCGCUAUUACCAGGGAAGCUGAGCUCGAGAAGCGCGUGGCCGACUUGGAGGCGACUCUGCAAGACGAGAAGCAAGACCACACGACAACCCUGUCGAAUGCUUUGGCUCUCAAGGCCCGUCUGGACAGCGUCGAAGCCCAGAACGCCCAGCUCGUCGGCGACGUCAAGGAUGCGAAAGCAGCCGCGUCGCACUACCAAGCCUGUGUUGAAGAGGCUGACAUGCGGUGCUCGAAUAUGUCUGCUUCUUUGGACGAUGCGCAAGAUGCGCUUGCUGCAGAACGACAACGGUCCGCUUCUCUCGCUCUUUCCGUUGCCAACCGCGAGAACGAGUAUCGCGCAAGCGAGGCAGCCCACAGCGCCGAGGUGGCGAAGACUCAAGCUCAACUCGCUGAUGCUCUGCAGGAGAACACGGGUCUUUUGGCUAGGCUGGGGUCCUGCGAGACUUACGGAAAAGAAAAGGAUCUUGCACUCGCCGACCGCGACCAGGAAUUGGAGGCGCUGCGAUUGAUGGUUGCUGACCUGCAGGCUGCGUUUUCCCAGGAACAUGCUGCGAGACUGGCCACCUCAGCGGAACUCGAGAAUGCAAGACAGGCCGCUGCCACUGAGAAGGUACUUAGGCAAGAAUGCGAACAGCGCGAGCAGGACCUGCAUCGCGAGCUUCAAGAAGAGUGCGAUGCACACGCCAAGACCGAGGACGCACGUCGGGAGGUGACGGAGCUCCUCAUCACCACACGCAUUGAGCGAGAGCGUGUCCGCGAGAUAGCCGACCAGGAGCGGGAGAUGAAAGUGUUCGCAGAGAAUGACGUCACGGGCCUCAAGCAGCAGCUCCGCAGCCUGCGCGAGGAGGUCGAGGAGGCGGAGACGACGAAGCGCAUCGCCGCGCUCACGCAGGACAACGGGGAGCUCGCGAAGACCAACGAGACUCUGCGCAAGACCGUCGAGGAUCUCACGGGUGCGGUGUACAAGGCAGAGAAUACCAUUCGUGGGCUGCGCGACGCCAACGGCUUCGUCUCCAAGCAGUACAACGAGCUUAUGCUGGACAAGAACGCUGCCGAGAAGCAGCACACGCAGAGCAAGCAGGCUGCGGACAAGGAUCUCGCUCUAGCGCGGAUGGACGCAGAGAAGCAGCUCGCGAGCGCCGCGAAGAAGCAUGAGAAGGACCUCAUCAAGAAGGACAGGGAGAUCGAGAGGCUGCAAGGGCGGAACGCAGCGCUUGUCUCUCAGGUACAGGCCACGAGCAACGCGAACGACGAGCUUCGCAGCGCGCUCGACACACAGCGUACGUCCACCGGUGACGCACUGAAGGAGUCUCGGCAGCUCGUGCAGCACCUUCUGGACAGGGCGAAGAGCUGCGAGUGCAAGCGGAACGAGUCUGACGACGUGGCUGAUAUCGAGAACCGAUCCGUCCGCGGGAACGGCCAGAGCAUGGUAAAGGACAGCCCAUUGCGCAGGAUGGGCAGCGUUUUUUGGAGGACGCCGGCGACGCCUCUGGGCGACCUCAACUGAGGUCGUCCAGGGCCGGGGCGGCGUCGCGGCUGAAUGGCAGCGCGAGCCCUUUGCCUCCCU